UCUACAUUUUGUGUGUUUCCGCGACUUUUUAAAGGUAAACUUUAUUUGCAAAAUGAGUUUCCUGAGCAACAGCAGCACUGUCCACGUGGAGGUUCGCGUGAAGUGCCUCAACCUGGGUUUGGGAGAUAUGCGAGACCGAUUGGAGCCGGCGUUGAAAACUUAUGUGCAGUCGGCCAGAAACCUGCCGCACAAUGUUCCCCUUAUCCCGACUCUGCCUGAAGAAAAGAGUCCGCUGGUGGAAAACGUACUCCUGGAGUGCGACAGUGACGGCGGACAGCAGAUAAAUCCGUCGUCCCACAACAAGUUUCGUUUCCAUUUCUAUAAGCUUCAUCCAACAAAUGCCGGUGCCGGGCUCUUCGAUGAAAGCGGCAAUGGCGAUGGCAUCGAUAGCGUCAUAGCAGCCCAUCACGUUCUGCUGCCGGCCAGCCAGUUUGAGGGCCUCUGGGAGAAUCUGAUCUACGAGAGCGGACUGAAGGAGAAGCUGCUCAAGUUCGCCCUGUCCGCCCUGAGCUUCUCGCAGCAUCAGGUGGACACGAAUGUGAUUGCCUGCAACCGGCUGUUGCUGCUCCAUGGUCCGCCAGGAACGGGCAAAACAAGCCUGUGCAAGGCGCUGACCCAGAAGCUAGCUAUUCGGACACAGGAGAGCUAUGCGUACACCCACCUGGUGGAGAUCAACAGUCACAGUCUGUUCUCCAAGUGGUUCUCGGAGAGCGGUAAGCUUGUGGCGCGUCUGUUCUCGAAAAUCGCCGAGUUGGUGGCGGACCGCAACAACCUGGUCUGUGUUCUUAUCGACGAAGUGGAGUCGCUGGCUUACGCCAGAAGCGCCAUGUCCAGCAAUGAGCCCAGGGACGCCAUGCGUGUGGUGAAUGCGGUGCUGACCCAGCUGGAUGAUAUUAAGACUUGUUCCAACGUGCUCAUCCUGGCCACCUCCAACCUGGCGCAGACCAUUGAUCUGGCCUUCCUGGAUCGUGCUGAUAUCCGUCAGUAUAUCGGACUUCCGGGAUUGCCGGCUAUUCGCUCCAUUUACAAGUCCAUGUUGAAUGAGCUCAUGUCGAAGGGCAUCCUGCAGCGGGAGGAUUUGGAGACGGAGGACGCCGAGGAGGGACUUUUGUCAAAUUUGGCCGAAAUGAGCAGCGGCCUAAGUGGUCGCACCCUGCGAAAGCUGCCGCUCCUGGCCCACACCCAGUACACCAGCAGCCAGCUCUACGAAGAGAACGAGAAGAUCAGCCUGUCGGACUUUCUGGACGCCAUGCGUUUGGCCUUGGAGCAGCACUUGGGUGAGCAGCGACUACUGAAGCUGGAGUCCCUGGAGCAACUCUGAGGCUACUUCAUAUUUACCAAUUUCUCUCAUAAGUCCAAAUACUAAAAAAAAAUAGAAACACCCUUCACCCACACCCACUCCCACACCCACUUUAUGUCCAUCAAAUGGGAUACUUUGUAAACUUCAAUUUGCUGCUAUGAAAAACAAUCCGAGGCAGAGGACCAAUCCUGUCCCCAUCCUGUUAGCUGCUUCGUUUCAUUUGCACACGACACAGAGAUUUUCCCAUUUCUUUAUCCGGCUUUUGAUGUGAAAAUCAAGCGUGAAAUCUUGUUAUUUGCUUGCAAGCUUCUACUUCGACUGCCCAGGCAGGACCUCAUCUCAAGCGUUCCACGGAUGGAUCUGUACCCUGUACCCUGCACCCAUCACCCUUCCCUCUCAUCGAUAUGCACAGACAUCGGACAUUGGACUUGGACCCUACGCAAUCUCAGCACUUUUGCUUUGCCCUCCCUUCGCAUAGGAGAGCAGAAGCCCUCUUGAGUCCGGCACAUGUCGAAGCCACGGGAUGAUGGCGCUGCAGGGUGGCACACCAAGUUAUUGCAAGUGCAAGUGACGACUAAUCAAAUUCGGUUGACGAUUUGAUUCUGUAUUGACGCUGCCUGUUGAUCCACAUCAUCCAUUUGGAAUCUACCACUUACUCGCAGCAUAAGCUUGGUCCAAAACACGGAAAUCGAAAUAAAACAAACAUACUGUGUGGCUCAAGUGCCUUCACAUCGUUUUCAGAUUGCA